GGGACACCCACAUGCACCCAAAGUCCCAAACCAUAUAAUAUUGAAGACAGCUAGCGUCCUCACCAUUCACACAGCUAGCUUCCUCACCAUUCACAAUCAUUUCCACCCAAAUUGAUGAAGAGGUAAUCCCAUGACCUCCAUUUCUUGGGGUUUAAUGUCAUUUGAGGUUUGAUUUCCAUUGGUGGUGGUGGUUAAAGGAAAGAAAGAUCGAACCUUUUCAAGAAAACCACCAUAGAUUCAUCCAAAUUAAUCAGUUUUCAGAAGCAAGUUUAGCUCGGUUCGUGAGGAUUUCAUCGGGUUUCCCCAAUUUGCCUUGAUUCCAAGAUUCCCUUUACCGAUUCUUGGAUCGCCGGCCGACGACUGGAUUUUUAAGGAUGCAGAGGGUUAAAGAUCAACAGCAUUCAAGAUCUACAAAACCAGCCACCAUUCAUGCAUCCGCUCAGUCCGGCGAUCUUCCCGCUGUCCAGAGGCGUCUCCGUGACCAACCUUCGCUCAUCAAUGAUCGAAACCCCGUUAUGGCGAACACGCCCCUUCAUGUUGCUGCUGGUCAUAACAGAGUUGAAGUAGUUAAGUUUCUGCUGAACUUUUCAGGUCCAGAAACAGUUGAGUUGGAAGCAAAGAACAUGUAUGGAGAAACUGCAUUGCACAUGGCUGCUAAAAAUGGUUGUAAUGAAGCUGCAGGGCUUCUUCUUUCUCAUGGGGCUUUUACCGAAGCCAAAGCAAAUAAUGGGAUGACUCCAUUGCACCUUUCUGUUUGGCACUCACUGAGAGCCGAGGACUCCUCGACUGUGGUGACAUUGCUUGAGCAUAACGCUGACUGUAGUGCCAAAGAUAAUGAAGGCAUGACUCCUUUGAAUCAUCUGUCACAAGGAUCGGGAAACGAGAAGCUGCAGGCGCUUCUCAAGUCUUACUUAGAACAGCAGAGAAAGGUUAGAGCCAUUGAAGCAUGCAGUGGAACGAAAGCGAAGAUGGAUGAACUUGAAAAAGAAUUAUCGAAUUUAGUGGGACUCCAUGAGCUUAAGUUACAGUUACGGAAAUGGGCUAAAGGGAUGCUUUUAGACGAAAGGCGAAGGGCCCUUGGUUUAAGGGUUGGGACCCGAAGACCACCUCAUAUGGCUUUUCUUGGCAAUCCGGGAACAGGUAAAACGAUGGUAGCUCGGAUCCUCGGAAAAUUGCUUUUUAUGGUUGGAAUUUUGCCAACCGAUAAGGUUACGGAGGUACAAAGAACUGAUUUAGUUGGAGAAUUUGUUGGACAUACCGGACCCAAGACUAGGAGAGUGAUAAAGGAAGCCGAAGGCGGGAUUUUGUUUGUGGAUGAAGCAUAUCGAUUAAUACCCAUGCAAAAAUCGGAUGAUAAAGACUACGGAUUGGAAGCCCUUGAAGAGAUCAUGUCCGUUAUGGAUAAUGGUAAAGUAGUCGUUAUCUUUGCAGGCUAUAGCGAACCAAUGAAACGUGUAAUUUCUUCCAACGAAGGUUUUUGUAGAAGAGUGACGAAAUUUUUCACCUUCGAUGACUUCACCACCGAAGAUUUAGCGAAUAUUCUUCAUCUUAAAAUGAAUAAUCAAACGGAGGGCAGUUUACUAUACGGGUUCAAGUUGCAUCCUUUGUGCACGGUGAAAGCCAUGGCAACUCUGAUAGAAACGGAAACCACCAAGAAACAAAGAAAGGAGAUGAACGGAGGUAUGGUGGAUCCAUUGUUGGUUAAUGCUCGAGAGUAUUUGGAUUUGAGGCUUAGUUUCGAUUGUAUGGAUACCGAUGAAUUGUUGACAAUCACGUUAGAAGAUUUACAAGGCGGGAUUAGGCUAUUGUCGCAGUAAAACCAAACAAACCCAGUAUAUUCCACCUAGAUGGGAGAUGGGUAAUUUAGCUAAAUGACCUUUUGACAGGUGCUUUUUAAAAUCAAUGACAUUUUAACAGGUUUUUAGGCAUUAUUGUGAUAAGCAGUUAUAUUCUCAAACCUGUUCGAAGAUCAUUCAUUUAAAAAGAACAUGUUAGAAGGUCGUUUAACCAAAGGGACCCAUUACUGGUCGGAUGAUUUGACGGUGGACGUGGGAUAGGUUGCAGAAGGCGAAGAUGAAGACGGGAUGUCGUAAUCGUGGGAGGUAUUUUGUUAUUUUUCGAUCUUUAUGAUAUAUAAUUGAUUAUAUCUAUAUAGAGAGGUGUAGUAGAUUGAGUUUAUAAGAUGAAAUUGAUGGGAUUUUAGAUUCAAUUACAGUUUUAUGGUAUGUUUGAUGUAAAUCUUCAUUGAAUUAAGAAAUUGGAGACAAUGCUAUUGUUUUGAUGUUC